AUGAAGACUGCAGUGUUGAUUAUGGCUCUGCUGCUACUUCAGUCCCAGGUCGUUCCAGGUAGCAGGGAAAAGUGCUGGAAGUCCCUGGGUGUCUGCCGCAACGAGUGCUCCAAGAGCGAAACGAUCUACAUCUUGUGCUGGAGUGGCCGACUGUGCUGCGUGAGGGCCAAGAACGUGCCAGAGUUUUCACAGAAUUUCAAAUAG